AUGAAACGAUGGACGAAUACGCUCAUAAGAGCUGUAGUAAUCAUACUAUCAACCACAAUAGUAGUUGCUUCCUCACAAGCCUUACCCGGCUGUGACGAAUGGUGCGGCGACGUACAAAUUCCAUAUCCAUUCGGAGUGAAACAAGGAUGCUAUCUCAACCAAACAUUCUCAAUUACAUGCAGCAAAACCAUUAGCCCUCCAAAGGCAUUUCUAAUGAACACCAACAUCAGCGUUACUAAUAUAUCACUUAACGGUGAGCUUCACAUAUCGCAACCCAUAGUGCGAGAUUGCUACAGGCAAGGGAUAGUAAUUGGUUCUUCUGUCCCAACCGCAACCGAUCUUUUGGUACCGGCGAUGUUCCCAAUUGCUGAUGGGAAAAACAAGUUCAUAGCCAUUGGUUGUGACACUUUUGGUUUAAUUGGUGGAGUGUUAAAUGGGAGUGGUUAUGUAAGUGGGUGUAUUUCCAUGUGCUUAAAUGAGAGUAUGAUUGGUAAUGAAAAGUGUUUGGGUAAUGGCUGUUGUGAGUUGGAGAUUCCUAAUGGGUUGAUGAAUUUGAAAUUGUUAGUAGGUAGUUUUUUUAAUCAUAGUUUGGUGAAGGAUUUUAAUCCGUGUGGGUAUGCUUUUGUGGUUGGAAAUGAGGGAUUUGAAUUUGAUUCUAAGUAUGUUAGGAGUUUUCAAGAUGUGGAAGUUGAGGUUGUGGUUGGUUGGGCUAUUGGAAAUGAAUCUAAUUAUGUGUGUGGAUUAAAUAGUAAAAGGAAUUAUAACUUCUCUAAUGAUGGACGUGAAUUUCGUUGCCAAUGCUUGGAGGGUUUUCAAGGAAAUCCAUAUCUCCCUCAAGGUUGUCAAGAUAUAGAUGAAUGCAAGGAUGAAACACUGAAUCAGUGUAAAUACAAGAGCAAGUGUGUUAACACAAUAGGAAACUAUACAUGCAAAUGUCCUAAACACUUUAAAGGAGAUGGAAGAAAUGGGGGAGAAGGCUGCACUCGAGAUUCUAAGACAUUCGUUAUUCCCAUCAUAAUCGGGGUUGGAGUAGGGUUCACAGUUUUUGUAAUUGGUAGCACUUGGAUAUUCCUGGGUUACAAAAAGUGGAAGUUCAUCAAAAGGAAAGAGAAAUUUUUCGAUGAAAAUGGAGGUUUCAUACUUCAGCGACAACUUUCUCAAUGGCAAUCCCCAAAUGAAAUGGUCAGAAUUUUCACCCAAGAAGAGUUGGAGAAGGCCACUAAAAACUACGACAAUAGCACUAUUGUUGGUAAAGGUGGGUAUGGUACAGUUUACAAAGGGGUCUUAGAGAAUGGUUUGGCAGUGGCAAUCAAGAAAUCAAAAUUUAUGGACCAAUCUCAAACUGACCAAUUCAUUAACGAAGUGAUUGUUUUGUCUCAAAUCAAUCAUCGCAAUGUGGUUAGAAUCUUGGGGUGUUGUUUAGAGACACGAGUCCCGUUGUUGGUGUAUGAGUUUGUAACCAAUGGCACCCUCUUUGAACACAUCCAUGACAAAACCAAGUACGCUUCUCUUUCAUGGGAAGUUCGUUUCAAAAUAGCAUUGGAGACUGCAGGUGUGCUUUCAUAUUUACAUUCUUCAGCUUCCACUCCAAUUAUACAUAGAGAUAUCAAGACCACAAACAUACUUUUAGAUGAGAAUUACACCGCGAAGGUCUCUGAUUUUGGAGCGUCGAAGUUGGUUCCAAUGGAUCAAACACAACUAUCCACAAUGGUGCAAGGGACGUUAGGGUAUUUAGACCCAGAGUACUUGUUGACAAGUGAGUUGACGGAGAAGAGCGACGUGUAUAGCUUCGGAAUAGUGUUGUUAGAGAUUAUAACCGGAAAGAAGGCGGUGUGUUUUGAUGGGCCAGAAGAGGAGAGGAAUUUAGCAAUGUAUGUGCUUUGUGCAAUGAAGGAAGAUCGGUUAGAAGAAGUUGUGGAGAAGAGGAUGAUGGUGAAAGAGGCAAAUUUUGAGGAAAUUAAACAAGUGGCCAAGGUCGCAAAGAAAUGCUUGAGAAUUAAAGGGGAAGAGCGACCCAACAUGAAGGAAGUGGCUAUGGAGUUGGAGAGAGUACGAUCAAUGCAAGUUCAACAUUCAUGGAUUAAUAAUAAUAAUUUAUCCAGCACAGAAGAAAUGGUAUGUUUCUUGGAUGUUGAAGCUUCAGACUCGAACCAUUUUGCUCUGAGUGGAACUAUGCAUACCGUUGGGGAUAACAUAAAAGCUCGGACGAUUUUGUCAAACAUCCACCAUGGCAGAUGA